UCGCCCAGUAGACGAGUUGACUCGGCAGAAAUUUUCCAUCUGAAACACGUACGGAUUAAAUAUAUACAUAUAUAUAUAUAUAUAUAAUAAUAUAUAGACGGAGGCAAGUGUUAAGGCGCACUCUACUCUUGAUAAUAAUAACCCAUUGAAAACAGCGCACUGGUAAACUUUGCGGAUACCCAGACAACCGGAUUCAAUAUACACUGAAAUAAAGAACAGCUGAUGCAUCAGAGUCACCGGCGAAAUGUCAAAAUCAUCAAGACAAAUUACGCUACGAGUUCAGUCACCCGAAGGAACAAAAAGAAUUGAUGUUGAUCCUACAGACACUGUCUGCAGUCUUUUUGAAAAGAUUUAUGAGUUAUUUCAAUUGAAAAGUUUUGGGUUCAGUUUAUUCAAACAAAGAAACCACAAAGAUGAACUUAUAUCCAGCAAAAGUAAAUCAGUUUCUGCGUGCGGACUUGGACAUGGUGACAUGGUUUAUCUUGCUCCAGUUAACGGUACUCUUCUUUGGAAUUCUCCCUCAACUAGUGCCGCAGAUCCAAGCCCAGUUCCCAUGGAUGUGACACCAAGUACCAGCAAGGGUUUGCCAUCAACAUCAACGGCAGUGGCAUCAGUACCUGUGACUGUAAGACCUGUAACCAAUUUGGAGAUCGAUGACGUGGACGAGCAGCUGUGGAAAAUGGAUGGAAAAAUCCAACGCAAACGCGAUGAAAAACUGUGCAGGCACGGAGCCAAUGGCUGCUGUGUCCACUGCUCACCGUUAGAACCAUUUGAUGAAUCGUAUUUGAGAGAACAAAAUGUAAAACAUUUGUCAUUUCAUUCUUAUCUCAGAAAACUCACUGCCGGAGUUGAUAGAGGAAAAUUCCUACAACUGGAAGACAUCAGCUGUCGCAUAAAAAGAGGAUGCAAAGAUCAUCCACCUUGGCCACGUGGUAUUUGCAGUAAAUGUCAACCAAACGCAAUAACGCUCAAUCGUCAGCCUUACCGUCACAUUGACAACGUUGUCUUUGAGAACGCGAGUUUAGUCGAGCGUUUCCUCAAUUACUGGCGGAGCACAGGACAUCAACGCUUGGGUUAUCUGUACGGUAGAUACGAAAUUCACUCAGACGUUCCUCUGGGAAUACGAGCUGUUGUCGCUGCGAUAUAUGAACCUCCUCAGGAGAGUACAAGAGACUCAAUAUCACUCUUACCAGAUGAAAAAGAGCCAUUAGUCCAAGAAUUAGCCCAAAAACUUGACUUGAGAAGAGUCGGUUGGAUAUUUACUGAUUUGAUUGCUGACGAUGUUAAGAAAGGGACCGUAAAACAUGUCCGGAACAUCGAGAGUCAUUUCCUUUCUGCUCAAGAGUGCAUCAUGGCCGGUCACUAUCAGAACCAACAUCCAAACCCAUGUCGUUUUUCACCCAGUGGAAGUUUUGGUUCUAAAUUUGUCACUGUCUGUGUAACAGGAGACGAUAAGAAUCAAGUCCACAUGGAAGGGUAUCAAGUAUCAAACCAAUGUAUGGCGCUAGUACGUGAUGAUUGUCUAGUACCCACCAAAGACGCUCCAGAACUUGGGUACGUUCGUGAAUCCACAGACAAGCAGUACGUUCCAGAUGUUUACUACAAGGAGAAAGAUUCGUAUGGAAAUGAAGUAUCUAGACUAGCCAGACCAUUACCUGUCGAGUACUUAUUGGUUGAUGUCCCAGCUUCUACACCACUGACACCUCAGUUUACAUUUUUCGCCAGCGAUAAUGUCACUCCUUUCCCUGUGGAAAACAGAUUGGUCGAUGGACAGAUCCAGGAAUUCAAUUCCCUGUGCACGUACAUGCAGCAAUUCGGACCAGAUCAAUUUUUGGAAGCCAUAUCAGACUUUCAUCUGCUACUUUUCAUCACAACAAUGGACAUGCUGCCAAUGAAAGAUCACAUGUCGCCGCUAUUGGAGGCCAUCAGACAGAAUGACAGACAGAAAGCCCUCGAGUGGGCUCGGAGCGAGCACUGGGCGACUGUAGAACAGUUGAUAUCUGCGACGACAGCUUCUGCCCCUCUGGCUUCUCAGUCCGUUUCCUUUGGCAACGACGGCAGCUCAUCUGCUGGUGCUGGAGUUGGAAUCGGCGUCGGCACCGGUUCCAAUGUCAAUGCCGCCUCCACCCAACCGCUGUGGACGUGUCCUCAUUGCACGUUUUUGAAUCCUGCUGAAUUAGGAUCUUGCGAAAUGUGCAGCCUCCCCAGGAUGUAAUAAAUAAUUUGGAUAUUUGGGCAUACCGACGAUUUUUUUUUCUCCCCAUCCUUUGAGUUUUUAUUUUAAUGGAAAUAAUUUAAAAAUUUCUGGACAAUAAUAAAUAUUAAUUUGUUUUUUAUUUUUUUUUCUGUUACUUGCGCAUUUCAAUGCCAAUUAAAAUUCAUUUAGUUAAUUAAUGAUAUUUUAAAUAUUAAAUACUGAAUUAUUAAUUGAUAGUAAUUAAUAAAUGUUGAUAAUAAUUAUAAAAAAUAAAAUUAUUAUUUGGAUUAUUAUUGUAGGAUGCUCCUAUGAGAAGAGUCCACCUUUAAUAAAUUAUGGAAAUAUCCAAGUUUAGAUUAUGAGAGCAAGUGAGAGAUACAUCCGAGCUGUCGACUGAUUACAACUGAUUUAAAUAUUAUCGCGUAACAAAAUAAACUUUUUGAUAAAAAAUAAAUAACUACCAAGGCAACACAUAAUCUUACAAUUUUUAUUUAUAAAACUUUUAAUAAGUGACAAACUGUGAUACAGGAGUGAAAAAAAAAUAACAAAUACUUUGCUUGUAUUAAAAACGAAUAAUUAAUGAGUCGACCUUUAAUUAAUCAAUCAGUUGUAGGAAAAUAUUAACUGGAGU